CCUCGGGAUGCCACCCCAAAAUCACGUAUCCCACGUACCGGUCAGCGGCCCAAGAAACACCAAGAAACACUAUACUGGUUGUGUUAUGAGAAUCGUCUAUUCUCCAAUCACCUCUAAGCCUUGCAGCCACGUUCUAACUGCAUCAGGCGAUAUGGUAAGAUCUUCACGAUGGACAGGGAUGCGCUCGCAUUGGAAUACGAAGAUAGAGCCGUUCAGCACAGGCAGCCGAAAGCCCUAUGUAAACUGCGUCCUGCGUCCUGCGCCCACAGCGAGGCUGUAGCUCUUUCUGCCUGUUUGCUGUUGUUGCGACGAUGGUGGCUGCUAAGCCCAAAGCGCUCUGGGCGUCUGCCUUCCUAGCGCUCCUGAAGCUAUCAAACAUCCUCACCUUAGCCGAUCUUGUCAAAGGUGACAACCAGGACUUUCAGGAUGUCCUCAGCCUUGCGCCCGAGAUCGGUAAUGCAACGACGUCCGUCGAGCUUGGUCCGCUUUUUGGGAUCGAAGAUACGAGGGAAAUCGGGCUUCAUGGAGUCAAUUCGAAUCCGUUGGCGUAUGUAAAUCUGUUCAAGAGAGCGGGGUGUACAAUGUAUGUGACGGGAGAUCCGUAUACAUGCGUUGACUCGAGCGAUAUUUGUUGUCCGGAUCCGAACGAUGCGCAGGAUGGGUGGUGUUGUGCGAAUACUGCUGGGUGCGGACCGGGGACGGGAACGCUGGGGAAGUGCACUUAUAAGGUGUCAUGGGCUACUACGACCAUGUGGGAAACGGACUAUUACACCGAUUAUGAGACGUAUACGAGUAGUAUUGCGGGCACGACGGUAUGGUCCACGUAUACGUACACGAGCUACAAAACCAUCAGUACAGAGGCGGAUACCUCGACCGAAUGGGUGACUGUAACAAGCACCGCAGCUCAAGCCGGGAAGAGAGGAAUUCAGCCGACAGCGAAGCACCACGCUCCAUGCCACUCCAUGCCACUCCCGUCCUCCACGAUCUCUAUGGCCACAGCUACUCCCGCAGCUGAGCAGCAAGAGCAUCAAGAGGUGCUAAAGCCCGACGUUACCGACCCACCCAGGUACAUCCAAAUCCGGGGCCUUCUCUUCCCGCGUCAGACCAUGCGAACGGACACGUCCUCCACCACCGAAUACCGCACUACAUACAUCACCACCACCAUCGAAACGACCGUCUACCGCACGUCGACCGAGUACAGCACUGACUGGACGACAACGACUGCCACACGAACUGCUGCUCUGAAUGCGAAAACAACUGUCACAAGUACGACGACAUUGACGCUUCGUCCCGGCGAAACAAUCCCCUCCUCCCCGGAAGAGACUGACUUCGAGCUCAGCGGAGGAGGGGGAGGCAGCUCCGGACGGAGAAAGGGUCUCGCCAGCGCCGCGAGAGCGGGGAUAGGCGUCGGUGUAUCUCUCGGUGUGGCCUUCGUUGCCGCUGGCUUGGGCUUCUUGAUUCGCCGCCACAAGGCCAAGAAGGCAGAGGCGGCGGGAGCAGUCGUAGGAGCGGCGGGAGCGGUUGGGCCGCAAGGAGGCGAGUUCAAAGGUGCAACGGUGAAUACUGUCGGUGCACCAGGCCCCAUGUCGCCUCCGCCGCCUUCUUCGGCUCCGAGAUAUAGCCAGAUGACACAGACGCCGCCGGUGCAGUAUGGGACGCCGAGUCCGGCGCCGGUGUAUGGGUAUCCGCAGCAGGCUAUGGGUGCUACGCCGAUGGCGAUGGGUUCACCUCCACCACCGCAGAUCCAGCAGCACAAUUCAAUGGGCCGUGCACAGAUGCCCAUGGGUGGGAGUCCACACAUGAUGGGAGGCAGCCCGCCUCCGCAGCAGAUGUAUGGACAGCCACAGCAGGGACAUUAUCAGUAUCCCAGACCACCGAGUCCCGUGCUGAAUAAUGGAGGGCAAGGGAAUCCAAUUGGAGUGGGUAUGGGAGGGAUGCAGCAGCCGAUGCCUAUGCAGCCCGGUAUGCAGGGAGGACGGUAUCCGCCGAGCGAGAUGCCAGCGGUGUAUAGUCCGCAGCCUCAACGUCCCGGAUGAGCUUGAUUAGUAGAGGAGGAGAUUGGAUUCAGACAGUUUUCUGAUGACGAGGCUAUUGGAAGGGAAGGGGAAGGUAAUCACACGACUUUGGUACAAGAACCGAGACGUAAUGGUU